AUGGCUGCUGUGCACCAACUCCUCACGAACCCUUCACCGAGCCCAGGACCGAAAACUGGCUUUGCAGACAACUCUGCGUCUUCUCGAAUGGACGUUGACAACGGAGAGCGCGCCAGUCAAAGCCCACUCGUGAUUGACAGUAGCUUCUUCGGAGAUUCUCUGCAAGUGGGAGACUCCCGGAUCGUUGUCAUUAUCUACGGAAAAGGACAAGAGCCAAUUGUUUCCCUAUUUGGAGAAGUUCUUGGCAAACCGUCGAGACUGAAAUCUAGCUUCAGCGACGUCACGACAGCUGACCACGACUCCGUCAUUGGCAUUCCUGCAGACGUUGCGCGCAAUGAUAUUGCUGCAAGAGAUAAUUCGCUGGUUGUUGCAAUCAAUGCUCACUUGGUCAGCCUCGGCAUGCCACCGGACUUGCACCUUUCGGAACAUUGCGAUUAUGAAUUUCUCUACUCUGACACUCUGGACCUGCGCCGAGACCUUUGCCGAUUCACCGCCUUUAUUCUCGGUCAGAUAAACCACCACAGCGAACUUAUGUCCAAGCCGAGAACUUUGUUUCUCUCCACGACCUUUCCGGACGUUAGAGCUGCCCUUCCAAACCUCGACAUCCUCACAGUGGGAUCCGACGCCGUUGAACUGCGUGUUGAUCUGCUACGGGAACCAUUGGCCGAUGGCACAUUUGCCGAUAUUCCGAGCUUGAAGUACGUUGGAGAGCAAGUUAUGUUGCUACGUCAGCGGACAGAAUUGCCCAUAAUUUUCACAACGCGCUGUACCAACGAGAAUGGCAAAUUUCCCAUGGACAAGCCAGAGCUGUACCGCGAAUAUCUGUACCGAGCCAUUCAAUGGGGCGUGGAAUACAUAGAUGUCGAACUUUGGCUGCCAGAAGUAAUCAGACAGGAUCUUUGGCAGAGAAAGGGCAACUCACGCAUCAUGUCAGCUUUCCACGACUUUUCUGGAACUUUCAAAUGGCCAUCAGCAUAUGCCCAGGAAGUAUUUGAACGCUCAAUCAACUAUGCGCAUAUCAUCAAGAUGAUUGCGAUUAUAAAUGACCACACGGAAAACUUCGAACUUGAAUGCUUUCGCUCAAAAGUCAAGGCUGAGUAUCCGCACGCACCGCCUUUGUCCGCCGUCAAUAUGCGUCAAGUAGGGCAGAUAACUCGUUCGCUCAACAAAACUUUCACACCAAUUACACACCCGCUAUUGCCGCUGAUUGCUGCACCGGGCCAACUGAGCGCCGCAGAGAUCAACUCUGCUCUGUCGCACAUGGGUAGCCUGCCCAGAAAGGCCUUUUACGGUAUUACCAGCGUGGAAUCUCGUGUCAAGGGACACAGGGCGCCAUUUUAUGAAAAGUGUUUCAACGAACUAGGACUUCCACACCAAUUUGCUGUUAUAGAACGUCAGACAAACAGCCCAGCUGGACUGGAAAUGUUAUUUGGCCAGGAAUCUUUUGGCGGAGCGUACCUUGAUCCAGGCCUCUCGUACUCCAACCUUAUGAAGCAGAACCCCAGGCUUCAAGCAGCCAACAAUGGAGACGGGCCAAUCGUGAGUGAAGCUGCACGCGUUAUUGGGACAGUCGACACAAUCAUGGUGAGGGUAGGCUCAUCGUCUCAUCCAAGCUCCGGACCGCCGUCGAUGCCUGCAAGCCCUAGUCGGCAAUCAGAUGGUGUCGUGGCCCCUAAUCAGAACAUAUCAAAUCAGACGACCACACUGGUGUUUGAUAAUGCGAGCUGGAAAGGAAUACUUAGCGCAUUAACCAGAGAUCUUGCGCCCUCGGCAUACGCAGGUCGCACAGCCAUGGUAUUGGCAUCCUCAUCAGACGAUGCAGCACCUGUCAUCUUCGCAAUGAAGGCGCUGAAGCUCUCAAAGAUAUACACUUUGGGGUUCAAGAUGCCCUCGACACUCACACGCAACGCACCGCCCAUCGAACAGUUCAACAGUCUCGAGAGCCUACAGCGAGCACGAUCCGGCGCGAACGAAAGCGCUGCCCCCUUUGUCAUGGUAUCAGCGUUGGAACCUAGCAAAAGUAACAUCGUGAGACUACUUCUGCGCGCGUUUGCAGGUAAUGGCCAGACCUCUGGAUUGACGAGAAACAGAAAAGUGUUUCUAGACUUGGCACAUACUGCGGACCGACAGGCGAUCGAAACGGCGGAGAUUGCCGAUAAGAGCGGCUUCGCGGCAUACGGGGCUGCAGACAGUGCGGCCUUUACGACGGUCGAGAAUUUGCGUUUGCUCGUGGGACAAAAUGUACCCUACAGCUUCGUGAGGCUGGCUAGUGGCGAUGCUGAGUACAUUGGAUCAGGGCAAAUGAAUCUGGAACAAGGAUGGUUCUGGCGUGGUACAACGGGUGUUCUGGCGACGCCACACUUUACGAAGAAUCAUGCUCAUGAAAUUCUCAAGUGGCGUUUGGGCUUUGGUUCGCUGUCGCAAGUGCUUCUUCGCACACUUGGCACGGUGCAGUGCAAACAUGUAUCUAUCUACCUUGGUCUUAGGGAUGGCUUUUAG